AUGGCGAAAGGGUCGGCCUUCUUCUUCUUCUCCCUUCUCUUCUGUUUGAAAUUCCCCGCAAGUAUCUCCCUGUCUCUCUCAGCCAGUUGGCCACAGGCCGCUCGCGCUACAGCUGAGCCCGGCUUUCCACCGUCAGGAAAUUACCCGGCUAAAGAGCACGAAGGGCCAAGCCAAGAAGGGGAGCAGAAGCGAGAGGAAAACCAGCGCGGGGCCGAGGGGGGAAAACGCAACAAAGACGCUGGCGAGACAGCCACGGAACAGUCGGAGGAGGGAGAAAAUGCGAGAGAGCACGCAGGAGAGGCAGACGUUUCAGAGGAAACGAAAAACGAAAAAGGAUGUCCUCUCGUGCUUCCUGGAGAAGGGCAGGAGGGCGCAGGCGGAGGACUGGAAAACUGCGUCCAAUGUGGCAAUGGCCAGCAGGCCGGCGAAGGAACGGCAAAGAAGGGAACGGAGUCUCAGGUGAAGGGAAGACGUCUGGCAGCCACCCCAGGCAACGCUUUUUCGCUGUUUUCUGACUUUUCUGUCUCUACGCGCUCUGAGAAUUCGUCUUCCCCUGCAAAAUCGCCUUUACCGCAGGCCAGGAGAUCCCCAGUGAGAGACAAUGGAGAGGCCGAAAAACUGACGUCGUCGUCCUCAGCUUCUUCCGCAGUCUCUCGUUCGCUCGCCUCCUCAUCUCGACGGCACACAGCCGUUAACGAUUCGGGGCUCUCCAGUCGAGCUUCCUUCUCUCCAAAUAAUCCCCUCAGGCGCGAACGAGAGAGAGAGAAGAGAACUCCUGGAUCUGCUACGUCUUCGGAUGUUUCUUCUUCUCCCGGGUCUUCCGUGUCUUCGGCUUUUUCUGCGCUGUUGCCGUCCGGCCAAGUGCCGAGGCUGAAGCAAACAGAAGCCUCUACAGGAGGCCCAUGCCGGGAGACGUGGUACAAAGCGAGGAGCUAUCAGGGUUGGGAGAUUCUGGAUGAGUCGAAAUUUUGGUUUUUCUCCUACGACGACCCGACAGGCGGCUACGUGAAUUAUGUUGGAAGAGAGGAAGCGAUACACAAGGGUCUCGUGUCGGUGACAGCCGACGGGAGAACCAUUGUAAAAGUCGAUUCGUGGAACACGGUCAAAGACGGCGACCGCGGUCGCGACUCAGUUCGCCUAUCUGCUGUAGAGGGAUUCGAUGAUGCUCUGUGGGUAGUGAGUUUGAAUCACAUGCCGGAAGGGUGUGGAACUUGGCCCGCGUUGUGGACGACGGGGGCAGAUCCGUGGCCGGCCAGCGGGGAAAUUGACCUCGUCGAAGGAGUGAAUUCGCAGAGGAAGAAUCGCAUUUCUCUCCACACUUCGAAGGGGUGCAGCAUGUGGGGGAUUGACGAGACAAAUUUUGCAGGCACGUGGGCAUACAACGGCGACGGCGCCGAAGCUCGCGACUGCUACGUGCAUGCGACAGAGCACAAUACGGGGUGCUCCAUAGAGUCUAUCGAGGACGCUUUUGGCGAGGCAUUCAAUGAGAAGGGCGGCGGUGUCUAUGUCGUGGAGCUGAAGCGCGCGAAACACAUACGCGCCUGGUACUUUACUCACCAAGAAGUGCCAAAGGACCUGCGCGUCGGGACACCAGACCCAGACUCAUGGGCAGAAACUCAGAAACUCCCGAUGGCGCAUUUCCCCUUGAACGACAACAACUGUCCAGGCCGCACACACUUUUGGGGACACAGACUCGUGAUAAACACGACUUUUUGUGGCGGCUGGGCAGGCAAUUUGUUUUCGAGAGCUGCGGGAUGUGCAGGUGACGGCCACGACGCUUGCCGCGCUUUCGUCCGCAACAACCCCAGCAGCUUCAAAAAAGCUUUCUGGGACUUCAACUUCAUUCACAUUUAUGUGCCAGGAGCUGUCUCAUGUGGCUCCACAACAACAUCGACCACCACCAGUUCCCCCUCUAUUGGCACUGGAUCUCCUGUCUACCCUGGACCGUCUUCAUCUACAAGUACAUCCACUGCUCCUCCUUCUCAUUUAACGGAGACUGAAUGGUGGCAGGCGCUGUACCACUUCCUUGCCUUGAUGGCGGGCUACACAGAAACGAAUCGGCCUCCGUGUCUCGAGACGAAUGUGGACUACUUUGGCUACGACCUCAAAAAAUACGAAAAAUUCAUCUACACAGCGGAGCAAUGUCGCCUCCUCUGUCUCAACACCGAUGGCUGCUUCUACUUCUCUUUCGUUCAAACUACGGCCUCCUGUUAUCUGAAGACGGUUCAGGCACUUCUGGGCCGUGUCACGCACCAGCUGGGUGUCGUUUCUGGACAAAUGAGAUGCCGGUAA